GUGAACGACCGUCACAAAGUAGCGCAUGAUGGUGAAGAGGAAAGAAAAAGAUGCAUCGUUUUUGAAAAAUGAAAUUGGAAACCACAAUUUGCUGCCAUUGCUGCUCAUUCAGAGGCUGAAAGCUUCUCAAUAUGAAUCAGACUGCACAGGAACUGUCAGGAAACAAAUAUUUUAAGUCUUUGCACAGUUUUUCAACAAGAUUUAUGUCUGGCCUUUGACUAGGACAUUCUAACACCUUCAUAUGCUUUGCUCUAACCCAAUCCAACUCAGAUUGUGUGUUUAGGGCCAUCUCGUUUCCCUGAUGGUGUCAAAGGAAAGCAGUCCCACAGCAUGAUGCCACCAUCACCAUAUUUUACGCUACAGAUGAAAUAUUCGACCUGAAGGGUUUGGUUUCCUGCUAAACAUCAAAUGCUGAAAAGGUUUUGUUGUUUUAAGUAAAAGUACAAAACUUACUUCACAACUAUCUGCGUCUUUGUUAAUCUUAUGAAAUGGCAACAAAACACUGAGGUUUAUGGUUGCAACGUGUAAAAAUGUGAAAAGUUCACGGCUGUUUGAGCCACUGAGAGGCAGUGAGGCUGGUUUUUACAUAGGAAAUCAGUCAACAGCUGAGAAAACAGCAGAAACUGAGAAUUAAAACGAAACAGUCCUCUCUUCAGUAAACCUGAAGAUAAAACUCGUCUUCUUCUCUUUGCUCUCCUCUUCCUUUUAACUUUCAUUUCUUGGCGUUUCUCUGAACCUCCGCCCGUUCACCGACUUCCUGCUCCCCACACUGAGCACUCCCACUCUCAUGCACUCCACCAACCUGCUGCACGGAAGAAAAGCUGUCAGUUCAACAGACUGCGCUCCUCGCUGCACGCAGACCACGACAAAGAUUUCUGUCCAUCUUUGAGGUUCCCAGAUGGAGUUUGCUUGCAGCCAUGUUGUAUGUAACUGGGGCCCAGAUGGAACGGCAGGCAAUUCUGAGUUUGGACCCGACUAUGAAAACAGUACGAUUCUACAAACAGGUCCACUUCCUCCGCCGCUGCCUCCUCGCCGCCUGAGAAAACCUCGACCCACUUCCCUUCCCAAUAUGCCUUUUCUCCCCUCUCAACUUCCUGUCACUCCUCUCUCUCUCCCUCCUCCGGUUCCUCCCAGACUUGAUUUGCUGGAAGAAGAAAAUCGUUUUAAGGUCAACAUCAACGUCAUCUCACUUGGUCUUGGAAAACUGGCUGACAUGAGCCAAGAUGCAGGUCUGGAGACCUUCCAGAACCCGGUGAUUUGUGGGAAAUGUAGUGCUGCGCUGUCGUGUCUCAGCUCAGUGUGGAAGAAGUUGUGGGUGUGCGAGUUCUGUGGAUUGGAAAACGGUGUAGACGAAAGUUUGGCCCAGGUGUGCAUCGGUCAGCGUGCGGGUGUGCGCACUGACGACCUUUACCUGCCGAGAAUGAGCGAAGACGACUACCAGAACCUGGAGGACACGAUGGUUGUUUUCUGUGUGGACAUUUCUGGCAGCAUGACGGUCACAACAGAGGUGACUUCAGACAGCGGCCCAACACUUCACAUAUCCAGACUAGAGGGAAUCCAGGAUGCUCUUCAGAAGACGCUAACGUUCACGCUGCAGCAGACGCCGCAUCGUAGGGUGGCCCUCGUCACCUUUAAUGAUGAGGUUGUUAUCUACGGGGAUGGCACUCGGACUCCGCUCACCAUCAAGGACUGGGCAGUGGUUGACUACGAACACAUCUGGAAACAGGCUUUGGGUUACAGCGUCCCUCACUGCAUCGCUGAGACAUACCAACAUCUCACCCAGAGAGUCAAAGAGUUAAGGGAAAAUGGAGCAACAGCUCUUGGGCCGGCAGCGUUAGCUUCAGUAGCUUUAGCAUCAAAAUACCCCGGCUCCAAGGUCAUUUUGUGCACUGAUGGCAGAGCCAACAUCGGACUCGGUGACAUGGAGCAAGCUCAGUCCUCUUAUGCAGAGGCUCCAUAUUUCUACAGAAAGCUGGCUCUGCAGGCGGUAGAGAAAGGAGUCAUAAUCUCAGUAAUGUCCUUUAAAGGGACAGACUGCUGCCUGGCUGACAUUGGGAGAAUGGCUGAUGUGACUGGAGGAAGGGUGAACAUUGUUAGCAUCGGCACCAUGGCGACAGAGAUCCAGUCCAUUUCUGAAGACAACGUGUUAGCAACAAGUGUCACUGCAACCCUGCUAGCUCCUGAUGGAGUAUAUUUCCCAUAUGAGGAGGAGAACAAUCACAAACUGGUGAGAGAGAUCGGAAACGUAACAAAGGGACUGGAGAUCACCUUCCAGUUUGCUGUGAAACCAGAUUACAUGGACUAUUGUCUCCAGAGGAACACGCUUCCAUUCCAGCUGCAGCUCUGCUUCAAGACCAGAGACCAGCAGAAAGUCACCCGCAUCAUCACCGAACAACGGCCAGUAGCCACCAGCAGUCAGAUUCUCCUGGGAAGACUCAACAUGGCGGUGCUGGCCGUCCACUGCGCUCAGCUCUGCGCCGGUUUAGCCAUGGACGGGCGUGUGACUGAAGCACAGAGGCAGCUAGCAGCUCAACAAGACCUGCUCCAUCACGUCAGUAGGUUGAGGCCAAUCCAAAAGGAAGAGAGCAUCUAUGGUAACUGGAUGGAAACCAUGACGACAAUUUGUGGUGACAUGAAAGCAGACUCUCAGUCUCUGUCGGACGAAGCAGCUGAGGUGGUGUACAAGAUGAAGAAAGCCAGAAGCAUCAGCAGCAACUACACGGCACCCGUCAAGAAAAAGACUUUAGGGAGGAAAAAGGUCAUGGCAGCAAAAAGUUAAUUCUACAGAGAGAAAAACAUACAAUUUGAAUUCAUGAACAGCUUAUUUGUCUAUGCUGUACCUGUGCAAAAGCUGCAAUUUUAACAUACAGCCAAAAGUAUUUUGGUAUUUUAUUUUCAUAGUUUUAUACUGAAGUUUAAGAAUGUAUUUUUUUAGAUAACAAAUUUGGGUUGAAUGCAGUCCAAAAUGGAUCAUGCUCUCUGAAUAAAUCCGAGCAGAGCCAUUAAGCCAAGUGUUAUAUUUCUGUUUUAUAGAAAGGUCGUAUAUAAUUUCUCUAUGUUUCAUGUCAAAUAAAGACUUUUAUGUUUCAUUGCAAAAUAAAAUCAUGUCUCAUUCU